GGUUAUUCCCAAUGUGGGAGUGUUGAGUGCGUGUGCGCGUUCUGUGUCCUUGCUUCAUGGAAAGCAAGUUCAUUCCCUGCUUUUGAAAUCUGGCCACGAGAGGUUUGACCUCGUGGGGAGUGCUUUGUUGUAUUUUUGUGUGCAUUGCUGUGGAAUUGAAGAAGCUAACCUGGUUUUUGAGGAGCUUCGUGAUGGGAAUGAAGUGUUGUGGAGUUUGAUGCUUGCGGGUUAUGUGCAGCGUGACAUGAUGGGUGAUGCUCUGGACAUAUUUGAAAAGAUGCCUGCUCGGGAUGUUGCAGCCUGGACUACAUUGAUCUCAGGGUAUGCAAAGAGGGAAGAUGGGUGUGAGAGGGCUUUGGAUUUGUUUGGGUGUAUGAGGAGGAGUUCUGAGGUGUUGCCUAAUGAGUUCACUUUGGAUUGCGUUAUAAGGAUUUGUGCUAGACUUAGAGUUCUAUAUCCAGGGAAGGUUGUUCAUGGGCUUUGCAUAAAGGAUGGUUUUGAUCUUGAUAACUCAGUUGGUGGCGCACUUAUCGGAUUUUAUUGUGAUUGUGAUGCCAUAGAUGAUGCAAAGAGAGUUUAUGAGAGCAUGGGACGAGAAGCUUGUUUGAAUGUUACUAACUCACUGAUUGGGGGCUUUAUCUCGACAGGAAGGAUUGAAGAAGCUGAGCUGGUCUUUUAUGAAUUGAGAGAGACAAAUCCCAUGUCGUAUAAUUUGAUGAUUAAAGGUUAUGCUAUGAAUGGUCAGUUUGAAAAGUCAAAAAGAUUAUUCGAGGAAAUGAGUCCCAAGAAUUUAACUUCCUUAAAUACUAUGAUUUCUGCGUAUUCGAAAAAUGGUGAACUUGGUGAAGCUCUAAAGCUUUUUGACAAAACUAAAGGUGAAAGAAACUCUGUAACGUGGAAUUCAAUGAUGUCGGGUUAUAUUCUUAAUGGUCAGCACAAGGAGGCAUUAAAAUUAUAUGUGACCAUGCGUAGAUUAUCAGUUGACUAUAGCAGAUCAACAUUCUCUGUACUAUUUCGUGCUUGCUCAUGUCUUGGUUCUUUUCAACAAGGACAGUUGCUUCAUGCUCACUUAACCAAAACACCAUUCCAAGCAAAUGUUUAUGUCGGAACUGCUCUUGUAGACUUCUAUUCCAAAUGUGGUCGCUUGGCUGAUGCUCAAAGGUCAUUUAUCAGCAUUUUUUCACCCAAUGUAGCAGCAUGGACAGCUCUUAUAAAUGGGUAUGCAUAUCAUGGACUUGGAUCUGAGGCAAUUUCACUCUUCCGCUCAAUGUUAGUUCAAGGAAUUGUUCCAAAUGCAGCUACUUUUGUUGGCAUUCUUUCUGCCUGUAGCCAUGCCGGGCUAGUUGGUGAAGGUUUGAGAAUUUUCCAAUCAAUGGAAAGAUGCUACAAGGUAACCCCAACUAUCGAACAUUAUACAUGCGUGGUGGAUCUUCUUGGUCGGUCAGGCCAUGUAAAAGAAGCUGAAAAGUUUAUUAUACAAAUGCCUAUUGAAGCAGAUGGGGUAAUUUGGGGAGCUUUGCUUAAUGCUUCUUGGUUCUGGAAGGACAUGGAAGUGGGGGAGAGGGCUGCUGAGAAGUUGUUCAGUUUGGAUCCCAACCCAAUAUCUACUUUUGUUAUUCUGUCCAAUAUGUAUGCCAUGCUAGGUAGAUGGGGGCAGAAGACAAUACUUAGGAAGAGAUUGCAGAGUCUGGAAUUGAGAAAAGAUCCAGGUUGCAGCUGGAUAGAAUUGAACAAUAAUAUUCAUCUAUUCUCUGUAGAAGAUAAAACCCAUCCUUAUUCUGAUGUUAUUUAUGCAACAGUAGAGCAUAUAACAGCAACUAUUAACUCCAUUAUACCCUUCACUUGUCUAUAUAGCAGCAAUGGUGGAUAG